AUGACAAACACCGGAGUAGAUGGAGUUCGCGAUGGUCCCGCUCAGCCCAACAUGAAGAAUGAUAGCAUCACCGCAAUGCAUCCAAACUCACCACUAUCGACCGAUUCGUUUCGCGACAUCACUGCCGAGUUCUUUGAAGCAUCAGCAAAACUCAAUGUUGGCCAGCUCGUCAAAGACCCAUAUUUCACCCUGCUCCAGGCAGUUGGUGCCUUAGAGAUUAUGGACCCAAAGAUGGACAGUGGUAUGCUAGAAGCGGAGUAUGAAUCCUUCAAUGCUUUAAAGCCAAGGCUACCGGAAGAAGUUAUUGGAAUAAUGGACCAGUUACUGUCCUACGAGAUGGCGUGGCACAACGGAAGCGCUCUCUCGCAGACAGUUUUCACUUGUCUGUAUAUCGAUAGACUCCUUUCUUCGGGCCCGGAAACACUUGCACAAGCAACCUUUGCUAGUUUUACUGGAAUAGAAGGAGAUACAGACUCCAAAGAGCGACAAUUACUAGAAAAUGUGUUAAGGCCAUAUUGUCUGGCUCUUAUCAAAUGUUGCUACUGCGUCAACCAACAGAUACAGAUGGAGCACAUAUAUGAAGAAGAAGAUUUUGUUACACAAACAUACAACGUAUCUCUGCUCGACUCUGUGGAACCAAACGAAAUUUUGAACAUCUUGGAUUCUGCUCUACAAUGGUUGGAAGCUACCAAGAACUCAUAUACCAACGAGAUCUUCGAGGCAUUAGAGUGCCGUUUAUUGCACCGAAAAUCCUUUUUUCGCGACCUUUCUCGUGAGAUUGAAGAAUGGGUUUCUGGGGUACCUUCUGAAUGGGAUUCCUCCCUCGAGCUUCUAGCAAAGGUUGAGAAAUCUCACCCGCUGGGGAAGCCGGUCUCGGAAGCAUUUAGCACGUCUGUACAAAGAAAGUUAGCAAGCCAGGUGCCACCGAGGCCAAUGGUUGAAAUUUCCUUUAAGGAUGCCACUUCUAGUUUGAAGAAAUUGUGCAUUGAAGGGAAGGAUGUAUUGAAAAUUUUGAAAUACCAGGGCUCGACUAAUCUAGUCAACUAUUUCCUGAACUUCAUGGCUCGAAAACCGUCACCUUCACCAUAUGUCCGCUCUCUUCUACAGUCUCUAUUCUUCAAAGAGAUGAAAAUUCUGGGGACAAUGCCAAUAAAACAACUCCUUUUUGACGAUGUGAGGGAAUUGACUAAUCCUGUAGAUUUACUAUUGGACCCACGGAAUGAAGCGGUUGAGGCGCCACAGGACCCGAGAUUUAACAUCGUAAAACGAACCAAUUGGUUCAUAGAACGUGCGGGGCGCUCGUACCUUGAUCUUUUCCGAAAUAUUUGCCAGAAUAGGUCCCGUUUACGAAGAAACUUAUGUCACGCCAUAUUAGAUUGGGAUUCUUUACAAGUUGAGUGCGAAGAAAUAGAUUCGGAGCUUCGUGAACUUACGCAAGAAGAACCACAAAAAACUCCAAAUGGUCCUCCUAGCUACUCAUUUCCGUUGUCUUCAUGGGUCUACCUUUACAAAUUGCGCCAGAUGGAAUGGAUCAUUCUUCUCGGGUUCGAGCUCGAGGUAUACCAACCACAUGAAUAUGCAGACAUGUUUUGGUACCUGCAAAUCUACGUCCGCACCAAGAUUGGACAUCUUGAGCGGAUUCGACAAUUUGCAGCCCUCAAUACUAAGGUAGUCUCGAAAAACAAAAAGAAGAAGGGAUAUUCAGCAAAUGCACAGCAACAAAAAUCCUUGUCGUUGUUGAAUUACUACCUACUUGAAGGAUCGGCCAUACAGGAGCUCGCUGGAGCCAUGGUCAAUGUUUAUGUUGCCCUGUCAAGGCUCACUUUGCUCAGAAAACCACCGCAGCCAUAUAGUUCUGAUCAUCUCCGCUAUGAAUUAAGGAUGAAGCCGUUUUUCACUAUAGGUUGCCCCGAAGUCGUCCCAUAUGAUAUAUUCGCGACUUUAGUAGAUAACCCACAAGUUGAAACAUUGGAGCUCCUUGAACUCGCAUCAGAAUCGAUUGCUCAAGCGCGCAAAGACUUUGAUCAACUGGGAAAACUCGAUGAGGAGACUUCCCGCACAGUACUAUGCGAAGACGCUUUUAAGAUCAACAACCGCGAGAUGCUUCGCUCUUGUAUUGGUCUCAGUGUUGCAGUGGCUCAGAUUACAAAGGCGUUGAAGUCUGCUGGGGGUGCAACUCAAGAAUAUUUGGAGGUUGAGAUCGAAAGGGCUAAAUAUCAUCCCUCUUUCCCGGUCCCGAGCAUCAAGAAUAAGGCUCCUAUCAAGACGGCACCUAUCAAGACAGAACCUAUCGAGACGGACCCUAGCAAGACGGAGCCUAGCAAGACGGACCCUAGCAAGACGGAGCCUAGCAAGACGGAACCUAGCAAGACGGAACCGAGCAAGACCGAACCGAGUAAGACGGAGCCUAGAAAGAAGACACCUAAGAAGAAGGCAACCGGCAAGAAGAAGUAG